UUCUAAGCUUUAUUAGAAUCCACAUUUCAAAAAGUCAGAUUUUGACAAAGAAAAUGAAGGGCUUAAAAGUUCAUUUGCUUGUCAUUGGUGUUGUUUUAGUUCUUCAAUCUCUUCCAUCUUUCGGGUUUGACCCGAGUCCUCUUCAGGACUUCUGUGUUGCAGCCAGUGACCCGAGAUCUCCUUUGUUUGUGAAUGGCAAGUUUUGCAAGGACCCAAAAUAUGUUAGCGCCAACGAUUUCCUAUUCCAAGGACUCAACAUCCCUGGAAACACUGAGAAUCCAAAUGGCUCAAAUGUCACCUUGGUUAACGUAGACAAGCUACCUGGACUCAACACUCUCGGCGUCUCCUUGGCUCGCAUCGACUACGCUCCCUAUGGCUUGAACCCACCUCACACCCACCCACGAGCCACCGAACUUCUCGUGGUUGUGGAAGGCACUCUCCUCGUUGGCUUCAUCACCUCCAAUCCAGACAACAAACUCUUCACCAAACUUCUCUACAAAGGAGAUGUGUUCGUGUUUCCUAUUGGUCUCAUUCACUUCCAGUUCAAUGUCGGGCGUACACCAGCGCUUGCUUUCGCGGGGCUCGGCAGCCAAAACCCAGGAGUUAUCACUAUUGCCAAUGCUGUGUUUGGAUCCAACCCUCCGAUCCCCAUUGAUGUUCUUGCAAAAGCUUUCCAAUUGGACAGCAAAGUUGUUGCCUAUCUUCAACAGCGAUUUGGGGGAGGAGGAGGAGGGCGCUAUUAGAGAAAUCUCCACUUAAAAUAAUGUCAAAAGUUGGAUAAGUUAUGAAACAAAGUGUUAAGAGUGGCAUAAGUUUGGGGUUAUCUUAUCUCGCUUGUGUACCAUCUUCUUCAACUUUGGGAAAUAAAAAGUGGCUUCUUUA